GUGACCUUUGUACCAGCAGAGAACCAGGCUGAAAUGAUGUCGUUGCCUGUAUUUGCAGUUCCUCCUGCCUCUGGCUCUUUCACCUUCACUUCUAACAAACUGCAGCAGACGUCGAAGCGGUGAGAGGAUUUCCUGUUUCCCAGCCACUAUGUUUGUUGUCCUGCUGCUGCUCUUUGUUCUCAAUCAUCACACAUCUGGAGCUCAGAUCCCCAAUCAAGGCCAAGCCAAAGACCCCCCUGUGGCCACCAAUGGUCAGCCCUUCCCUUGGGACCGUAUGAGACUUCCCACAACCAUCAGCCCCCUGCACUAUGACCUGACCAUCCACCCAAACCUCACCACCCUGGACUUCACUGGGGUGGUUCGUAUCAGUCUGGAUGUGCGAGAAGACACCAGCGUUAUUAUUCUCCAUGCAAAGCAAAUGCUCAUCUCCAACGUAAUGCUCCUGGCCCCUGAGGGCAUCAGGCCCCUCCGGGUGUUGGAGUACCCUCGUUUCCAUCAGCUCGCUCUGCUGUCAGACUCAGUUUUGACCAAGGGCAGAAACUAUGAGGUCCAGCUGGAGUUUGCUGCUAAUUUAUCAGACAGCUUUCAUGGGUUCUACAAAGGCAGCUACCGCACCAGCAGUGGGGAGGUCCGGGUCAUAGCAUCUACCCAGUUCGAGGCAACCUUUGCCCGCGGAGCCUUUCCUUGUUUUGACGAGCCAGCCUUCAAAGCCAACUUUACCAUACGGAUCUUACGAGAGCCACGACACAUAGCCAUUUCCAACAUGCCCAAGGUUAAAACAGUUGAGCUGCCAGGCGGUUUGCUUGAGGAUCACUUUGACACAACCGUCAAAAUGAGCACCUACCUGGUGGCCUACAUCGUCUCUGACUUCCUGUCUGUGAGCAAAACAACUAAACACGGAGUAAAGAUCUCUGUCUAUGCUGUCCCAGAGAAGAUUGAUCAGACGGCCUUUGCUUUGGAUGCUGCCGUGAAGUUGUUGGACUUCUAUGAUGAUUACUUCGAUAUCCCAUACCCACUUCCCAAGCAGGACUUGGCUGCCAUCCCUGAUUUCCAGUCAGGUGCAAUGGAGAACUGGGGUCUGACCACCUACAGGGAGACUGGCCUCCUCUUCGAUCCUGAAAGAUCCUCCGCCUCAGACAAACUGGGCAUCACUAAGGUCAUCGCCCAUGAGCUCGCACAUCAGUGGUUUGGGAACCUGGUGACGAUGGAGUGGUGGAAUGACCUGUGGCUCAACGAGGGGUUUGCCAAGUUCAUGGAGUUCAUUUCGCUUGACAUCACCUACCCAGAGUUACACGUGGAUGACUUCUUCUUGGGCAAGUGUUUCGAGGCAAUGGAGGUAGAUUCUCUGAGCUCCUCUCACCCAGUAUCCACCCCAGUGGAAAACCCCACGCAGAUCCAGGAGAUGUUCGAUGAUGUUUCCUAUGACAAGGGGGCGUGCAUUCUCAACAUGCUGCGGGAUUUUCUGAGUCCUGAAGCCUUUGAGAUCGGGAUCAUCCGAUACCUGAAGCGCUACAGCUACCAGAACACGGUGAACAGCCACCUCUGGGAGAGCCUGACUGAUAUCUGCAGCUCGGAUGCUUUGGAUGAAGGUCGACUGAAACACACAGAGUUCUGCUCUAAAGUCAAACUCCAGUCUGGAUCCUCGAAGUGGUACUCUGAUGACGAGCUGGAUGUCAAGGCUAUCAUGGACACCUGGACGCUGCAGGAGGGCUUCCCGCUGGUCACUGUAGAGGUCAAAGGUCGGGAGGUCAGGCUCAGUCAGGAGCGUUUCCUGAGGACAGACAAUCCUUCGCUCACUCAAGGAUUCCUGUGGCAGAUCCCACUUACGUACAUGACCAGUGCCUCCAGCACAGUUCACCGUUUCCUUCUCAAGACUAAGGCUGAUGUCCUCUACCUGCCCGAAGAAGUGGAUUGGGUAAAGUUUAAUGUCAACAUGAGUGGUUAUUACAUGGUCCAUUAUGCUGGAGAGGGUUGGAACAACAUCAUCAAUUUGCUGCUAUACAACCACACCGCCAUCUCUGGCAAUGAUAGAGCCAGCCUCAUCCAGAACGUCUUCCAGCUGGUCAGUGUUGGAAAGGUGAGGCUGGAUACAGCCCUGGAGCUUUCUCUUUAUCUCUCCAAAGAGACUGAGAUCAUGGCUGUGACCCAGGGCUUCGGAGAGCUCGUCCCACUUUACAAGCUGAUGGAGAAGAGAGACAUGACAGUACUGGAGAACCAGAUGAAAGAUUAUAUUGUGGAUCUAUUCCGGGAUCUGAUCGAUCGGCAAGAGUGGAAUGACUCCGGUUCGGUGUCUGAGCGAGUGCUUAGGAGUUACCUGCUGCUGUUCGCCUGUGUCAGGAAAUAUCCUCCCUGCGUCGCCAAAGCCACCCAGAUGUUUAACAGCUGGAAGGAUUCAGAUGGGACCAUGAGCCUCCCUGUUGACAUCACUAUGGCUGUGUUUGUGAUUGGAGCACGGACACCAGAAGGAUGGGACUUUCUCUUUGAAAAGUACCGCACCUCGCUGCAGAUGUCCGUCAAGAGCCGUAUAAAGACUGCUAUGACUGUCACACACAUGCAGGACAAGCUCAAGUGGAUGAUGGAACAGAGUCUGCGGGGUGAGGUGAUGAAGACCCAGGACCUUCCAGAUGUGGUUGCCUCUGUUGGAAGGAACCCUCAUGGUUACAAACUAGCCUGGGACUUCCUCAGAGCUAACUGGCACACCCUGAUCAAGAAGUUUGACCUCGGCUCUAACACUGUCUCGUACAUGGUGGCCGGUGUGACCAACCAGUACUCCACCAGGGAGAUGCUUCAGGAGAUAAGGAACUUUUUUGACUCCCUGACGGAGGAGGAGGGAUCAAAAAUGAGGUGCAUCCAGCAGACCUACGAGACCAUCGAGGAUAACAUCCGCUGGAUGGACACCAACCUUCCUCUGUUACAGGCUUGGUUGAACAAGCGGCAACUCAGGGCUCCUCAUGAAGAUUUAUAGUCCUUGGAGCAGUUUGGUUUUUAUUUGACCCCCUGUGGACAGGCCGAUGUUGGUUUCAGUCCAGAAACCAACAUCACUGAAGCCAGAGUAGAUUUUUAUGACAGCAUUUCCGGUGGCAUGGAUUGUUUUUUUAGACCUCCACCAUCCAAGCCUCACCUGAGCAGGUAUUUAAUCUGGGUUUUAAAGAAGAGCCCAGAUUAGAGAGUAGACUAAGAGCUAAUACUCUUGUGUUCAUUGUACUACUGAAAUUAGAUUGUUGAAAAUAGGGUUAUUACAUUAUGCAGGCGGUUGUCAGAUGUGGGUCAUUUAUGUUCCCAAUUUGAUUUUCUCAGGCCCCAUACCUCCAACCAUAGUCUGUGUAGAUAUAAAGAACUUAGAUAAACCAUCUGCAGCCUAUGUCUGUUUGACCCACUCUUAGAGGAUGCCCAGUUUUUAAUGGCUCCAUUAGUUUCUCACAUCAAGCAGAUGCUCCCAUCAUGUAUUGACAGUUUUAAAGGCCCAGUGUG